GACGUUUCCUGUGUGGGGUGGGGUGGGGAUGCGAUUUGUGAUAUCUGUUCGUCGACAAACCAAGACAUGGUCACAAUGGUAGAGAUCUCGUCACUAAUUCAUUAGACGUGGGGAUGCGACUUGUGGUAUCUGUUCGUCGACAAAGCAAGACAUGGUCACAAUGGCAGACCCAAAUAUCUCAUACCUUUUGAUUGUGGAGGACUUUGGUGAAUACUUCAACUACACUGACUUCAACACAACUUAUGAGCUUGACGAAAACACCCUAACCUGCAAUACUUCCCCCAUUUCCUCCGGUGUGACAGUCGUCUUAUGUGCCUUAUACGUCCUCAUCUUGCUCUUGGCCAUUCCUGGGAAUAUGGUGGUGGGGCUGGUGAUAGCCUCCAGCAAGCAGCCUCUGUCUCCCUCUGACUUAUACCUCCUCCACCUGGCUGUGGCCGACUUCCUGUUGGCUCUCACCCUCCCUUUCUGGGCCGUUUCUGUCACCGUGGGCUGGGUCUUUGGGGACGCCAUGUGCAAACUAGUCAGUGUCUUUCAGGAGGUCAGCUUCAAUGCCAGCAUCCUGUUUUUGACCUGCAUCAGCGUAGACCGUUACCUGGUGAUCGUGCGAGCCAUGGAGGCAUCCAAGGCUGCUCAUCGCCAAGAGUUCAGCUGGGGCACCUGUGCCACUGUCUGGCUCGUGGGUGGCCUGCUGUCCCUGCCCGGUCUCUUGAACCAUGUCGUCUUCUUACCCAGCACAGAGAGGAUGACAUGCGCCGAGAGUUACGACCCAGGCAGCUCUGAGGCUUGGCGGCUGGUCAUACGGGUUCUCGGGCACAUGUUAGGGUUUCUACUCCCUUUAACAGUUAUGGUGGUGUGCUAUGGUGUGAUUGUGGCUCGACUCCUGCGGACCCGGGGCGGUUUCCAGAGGAACAGGGCCAUGAGGGUGAUUGUUGCACUGGUUUUGGCCUUUCUGCUUUGCUGGAUGCCCUACCACCUGGCUGUGAUGGCGGACACCCUAUUCCGGGCAAAAGUGGUGCGGUAUGGGUGCCGAGAGAGGAACGCUGUGGACACAGCCAUGCUCGCCACCCAGAGUCUGGGCCUGCUGCACAGCUGCGUCAACCCGGUUCUCUAUGCCUUUGUCGGGGAGAAGUUUAGGAGGAGGCUGCUCCAGAAAGUGGGUGUGAUGGAGCAGCGAGCGUCGUUGACCAGGGCCAGCAGAUACUUCUCUCAGACCUCAGAGGCCACCUCCACAUUCAUGUGAUCUUAAAAUGUGUGUUUUUACCCCUGAUUAUAAGAAGAAUCAAUGAGUCAUGAUGAGGACUCCGUUGCUAUGCUGUGGGUGUGCAGGAAUACGCCCACAUAAAUGUCAACAAACUGGACUUUUAAAACAGCCUUCUUACUUUACAUGCAUUGAGUUAAUACAAUAAUACAUCAAUUUUUUUUGUUUCGUGAAAUGGAAGUGUAUCGCCCCUGGCGGGUUUUGAGCGCAUGUCUCCCAGCAUGGAGGCAAACACUGCUCCAAUAAAUCUGUACCAUUUUGUGGGGUAUAGUAACAGGCCUACGGAAGCAAGGUCCAUGACAUUCAUUUUUAUAUAUAUAUAUAUAUUUUUUAAUUUUACCCUUUUCUCCCCAAUUUUCAUGGUAUCCAAUUGUUAGUAAUUACUAUCUUGUCUCAUCGCUACAACUCCCAUACAGGCUCGGGAGAGACGAAGGUCGAAAGCCAUGCGUCCUCCAAAACACAAGCCGCACUGCUUCUUAACACAGUGCGCAUCCAACCCAGAAGCCAGCCACACCAAUGAGUCGGAGGAAACACCGUGCACCUGGCGACCUUGGUUAGCGUGCACUGCGCCCGGGCCCACCACAGGAGUCGCUGGUGCGCGAUGAGACAAGGAUAUCCCUACCGGCCAAACCCUCCCUAACCCGGACGACGCUAGGUCAAUUGUGCGUCGCCCCACGAACCUCCAGGUCGCGGCCGGCUGCGACAGAGCCUGGGCGUGAACCCAUAGUCUCUGGUGGGACAGCUAGCCUGCGAUGCAGUGCCCUAGACCACUGCAUCCCAGGAGGUCUGACAUUAUUUUCUAUUCAUAAACAUUGUUUCGAAAUAUUGACAUAACAAACUUGGUGACGCCAUGCAUAUUUUCCGUUAUAAAUCAGCCCUUUCAUAAAACUGCGUGCGUGUAUUCACCUUUUUAUGUUGACAAUAGCACCUUUUUUUUGCUAAAAGAAAGAGCAAUAGCAAAUUUUGAUUACACUCCUGUAGAGGUGUGGGCAGAAUGUUUUAAUAAUUUAGUGACUUUAAAAAAACUAAAUAUGCAUGCUAUCAAAUAUAGCAGGUGCCAAACACUUGAUUGAUUGUACAUUAGAAACAUCUUAAAAGUGAAAUUCUACAGCCCAAACUUCUACAGUAUACAAAAUGUUCAAAAUGUUGUUAAUCAAUAAAUUAUGUUUCUCUUUCCUUGGUUUAGUCUCUGAUAUUAAAUAGGCUAUUUAGAAGAAAAAGAAACGCACACCUAUUAAGACGAGGUGCUGGCUAGCGGAGUAGGAAACUUGAAAAUAAAAGAGAUGCACACUUUAGGAGCUCAGAUGCAAAAAUGUAAUUACCAACGUUUCGACAGCCAAGCUGUCUUCAUCAGGGUAUAAUCAAACACUGCGGGAUGACUCGUUUAUAUAGUGUCAAAAGACACAGGUGUCUGUAAUCAUGGCCAAGAGUGGCCUAAUAUCAUUGGUUAAUAAUCAAAUAUUAAAACGUCAUACAAAGAACAAAUGGAUAGCAUACGAUCAUAGAUUAAUUUCACUACACAAGUUUACAAACAAUUACAAUGGCAAAGUCACAAUAAUCACAAGAAUGGCUUCAGAUCAAAGUCUACGUUGAGACCGAAGGGCACAAGGGUCUUUAAAUGAAUGCAUGUCCCUCUCCUAGGGAGGGUGACAUGUUCGAUGCCAAUAUAACGCAGAGACAAAAUCGAGCGGCCCACUUCUUGGAGGCAGGCCACAACUGAAUAGGUAAAGUUUUUACACCUAAUGGUGCUACGAUGCUCUGAGAUACGUACUUUUAAUUCGCGCUUUGUUUUACCUCCAUAAUUUUUACCACAAGGACAAGUUAUGAGAUAAAUAACUGCCUUAGUGGAGCACGUAAUUACACCUUUGAUUGGGAUCGAUUUCCCUGUUUGUGGGUGUUUGAAGGAUCUACAUUUAUAAGUGCCAUUGCAUUGAGCACAGCCAUUACAUUUGUAAUUUCCAUCCAGUAGGGGCGCAAAUAGACGUUCAGGAAUAUCUUGGUGGUAAAUCAGAGUUUACCGAUUGGUCUCUGAGUUUUCUGCCCCGUGAGAAUAGGACCAAGGGAAGGUCCGAAAACACAUUACCGAGACUAUUGGAUUGUAGGAUGUGCCAAUGUUUGAACAAUUCCCUUAAUUUGUUCAGAGCACUUUGAAUAGCGGGUAGUUAGAAGGCAAGAAUGCGUCUUUUUGCGAGACUGACCUUGAAAAAGGUCAUGUCUCGUUUUGUUUUGAAUUUUCUCGAUGGCAAAAUUAAUCUGAUCAUUCUUGUAGCCCCUUUCCUUGAACUUUCUUUGCGUCUCAGCCAUAUUUCUGUCGAAAUCGGAUUGUUUUUUGCAAAUUAUUUUGAUUCGACAUAAUUGGCUCUGGGGCAAACUAUUUUUUGUUAAAUAGGCUAUUACCUUUUGCUCCUAUUGCACAGCAAUACUGUAGCCUAUACCCAUUCUGUCAAAUAUUUAACAUAAGCUACCAGUCUAUUUACUGUGUUGGCAGAAUGCUUUAAUCUUUUGCAUUAACUUAUGCUGUAUUUGGCAAAAGACUGAAUGUUUCUGAAAAAGAAAAUUAUGCCAAAUUGUUGUGGACCUGUCAGUAGAAUGUUUGUAAUUUAAUGUUUUGUAUUGACUUUCCCCCCAACCUAAUGCUUGACUGUCAGCAAAUUGUCUAGGCUACUCAAAAACAAAUAAUUGAAUUAUAAAAUAUAACAUUUUAUAUAAAAUAAAACACAGAUUUUCGCUCUUCUCACUAACUGCAAAUGGCUGCAACUUAUGUUUAAGUGUGUUAUGACGUACAUGUGUGGUCAUAUUUUUGCAGUUUUAUUUUGUUUUAUUUUAUGGGACCAUGCUUUGUCAAUUUUUAGGCCGCCUAGGUAUUUGCAUUUAAAUUAAUAUGUAUGAGUGCUGUGACAUCAAAUGGGAGCGUUAGUAAGAUCGUGAGGUUUCUUCUUCAAUCUUGUAGAAUGUCUACUACUGAACACCACUAAUGUCUCUCCAUCAUCAUUCUAUCCUGUUAAUUCAGGUAUGUAAUGUGCAAUAUAAUGAGGUAACAUGGUUAAUUACAUAGUCCAUGAGUUUAGUGACGUGUAAAGGAGGGAGUUUUAAUCGAGUGAAAAACUUGUUGGUAUGUUCCCCAUUGUAAGUAAUGAAGGUUGGCUGGUUUUCUAAUGGUUUACAUGGAAGAGAAGGGAUGAGAUGGCACCCAAACCUUGUUUGUACUUUUUUUCAACAGUGUAUUAUCUCUUAUUUGUUUUAUUUUCUAGGAACGAAGGUAGUUUAGUUCAAGAAAUAUAUGCGAUGUGACGUUAAAAUGUGUUAAACUUAUUUUUUACAAAUAUCAACAGUUCAUGAGCUUUAUGCUAACCAAAUGUACAGUUGAAGUCGGAAGUUCAAUCCAAUUUUCAACCACUCCACAAAUUUCUUGUUAACAAACUAUAGUUUUGGAAAGUCGGUUAGGACAUCUACUUUGUGCAUGACACAAGUCAUUUUUCCAACAAUUGUUUACAGACAGAUUAUUUCAUUUAUUCACUGUAACACAAUUCUAGUGGGUCAGAAGUUUACAAUCACUAAGUUGACUGUACCUUUAAACAUCUUGGAAAAUUCCAGAUAAUGAUAUCAUGGCUUUAGAAGAUUCUCAUGGGCUAAUUGACAUCAUUUGAGUCAAUUGGAGCUGUACCUGUGGAUGUAUUUCAAGGCCUACCCUCAAACGCAGUGUCUCGUUGCUUGACAUCAUGGGAAAAUCAAAAGAAAUCAGCCAAGACCACAGAGAAAAAAAUGUAGCCUGGUUCAUCCUUGGGAGCAAUUUACAAAUAUCUGAAGGUACCACGCAUACUAUUAUUUGUAUAGAUGCACAAGUAUGAACACUGCCAUAAAAAAGCAGUCUAUAGUUUGCAACUGCACAUGGGGACAAGGAUUGUACUUUUUGGAGAAAUGUCCUCUGGUCUGAUGAAACAAAAAUGGAACUGUUUGGCCAUAAUGGCCAUCGUUAUGUUUGGAGGAAAAAGGGGGAGGCUUGCAAGCCAAAGAACACCAUCCAAACCUGUGAAGCAUGGGGGUGGCAGCAUCAUGUCGUGGGGGUGCUUUGCUGCAGGAGGGACUGGCACACUUCACAAAAUAGAUAGCUUCAUGAGGAAUGCAAAUUAUUUGGAUAUAUUGAAGCAACAUCUCAAGACAUCAGUCAGGAAGUUUAUGCUUGCUCUCAAAUGGGUCUUCCAAAUGGACAAUGACCCCAAGCAUACUUCCAAAGUUGGACAACAAAAGCAUUGUAUUGGAGUGGCCAUCACAAAGACCUGACCUCAAUCCUAUGGAACAUUUGUGGGCGGAACUGAAAAAAUUGUGUGCGAGCAAAGAGCCCUACAAACCUGACUCAGUUACACCAGCUCUGUCAGAUGGAAUGGGACAGAAUUCACCAAAUUUAUUUUUUGAAGGCUACCCAAAACAUUUGACCUAAAGUUAAACAAUUUAAAGGCAAUUCUACCAAAUACUAAUUGAGUGUAUGUAAACUUCUGACCCACUGGGAUUGUGAUGAAAGAUAUAAAAGCUGAAAUAAAUCAUUCUCUCUACUAUUAUUCUUACAUUUCGCAUUCUUGUGAAGUGGUUAUCCUAACUGACCUAAGUUUGACUAGGAUUAAAUGUCAGUAAUUGUGAAACCUGAGUUUAAAUGUAUUUGGCUAAGGUGUAUGUAAACUUCCGACUUCAACUGUAGGUUUGCUAAAUGCCAGCGGGUUUCAGCUAUUGUUAGCUUACUUGUUAGUGGUUUAGAAGGUAAUGGUUGUAGCAUUGUUUAGCACAGGUGUCCAGUCAUUUGUAGCUUUUGAAAAUUGACACAGUAAGUUUUUAUUUACAUUUUUUUUAGAUAAUAUAAUUAACUGCAAUUUGGCAGUACGCCAAGACCUUGUUUUAAGAGCAAAAUAUAUCUCACUUAAGGUCUCAUCUUAUAGAGAGGAAUCCUUUGUGCGGUAUUGGUCUGUCACAUGUUGUGAACCAGUAUUGAUCGGUCACAUGAAUGAAACACAAAACGGUAAUGUUUUAAUUAAUUAUGCAAAUAUAACUUGUCUGUGUAUAGGCGUAUAUAAGACAACUGCUGGGAUUGCAUAAGUUGCGCUUCUGUUUGACGUGUACUGUGGUGCAUUAAAUGUGUUGGAACCUCUCCAGCGACAAUAAACAAUGAUUGAUUUAAGAUUGA